CUCCUGCCUGGUUUUUUUUUUCUUUUUCUCUAAUGGCUUCUGUAAUCUCCACACUGACACUUUCUAAUAUUCUACUCAUUCUGCUGCUUUCCAGUUGUGUUGCCAAUGCUCAGCUUUCUGCCAACUUCUAUGCAAACUCUUGCCCUAACCUUCAAACCAUCGUCCUCAAUGGGAUGACGCAGGCCGUUAAUAGAGAGGCGCGAAUCGGUGCCUCGAUUCUCCGUUUGUUUUUCCAUGACUGCUUUGUUAAUGGCUGUGAUGCAUCGAUACUGCUGGACGACACUUCGACGUUCACCGGAGAAAAGAAUGCGGCACCGAACCGGAACUCGGCUCGAGGUUACGAAGUGAUUGACACCAUCAAGUCUAAUGUGGAGGCUGCUUGCAAUGCCACCGUUUCUUGCGCAGAUAUCCUGGCACUCGCUGCUAGAGAUGGUGUAGUCCAGCUUGGAGGUCCUACAUGGCAAGUACUCCUGGGGCGUAGAGAUGCAAGAACAGCCAGCCAAAGCGCAGCCAACAAUCAAAUCCCCUCACCAUUCGCCAACCUUGCAGCUCUAACCUCUUCCUUCGCUGCCAAAGGCCUAAGUGCCCGGGACCUAACCGCCCUAUCCGGUGGCCACACGAUCGGCCUGGCUAGAUGCGCCAUGUUCCGAAGUCGCAUUUACAAUGACACCAACAUCGAUGCGAAUUUCGCAGCCACCAGACGUGCUAACUGCCCUGCUUCCGGAGGUGACAACAACUUGGCUCCACUCGAUACGCUGACCUCGACCAGGUUCGACAACAAUUACUACCGAGACCUCGUGGCGCAAAGGGGGCUUCUUCACUCGGACCAGGAGCUGUUCAAUGGAGGAUCUCAGGACGCUCUUGUACAAACAUACAGCAACAACCCUGCUACUUUUUCGGCCGAUUUUGCGGCUGCCAUGGUGAGGAUGGGAAACAUUAGUCCCCUCACCGGAACAAGUGGGGAGAUCAGAAGGAACUGCAGGGUGGUCAACUGAUUUUUGUGAUCUCAAAUACCCCAAUUACUGAUGAUUUCAAUAAGCUUCUCGCGCUGAGUUGAACAACUAUAUUAUAAUUGUCUAAGAUCGAAAAGGAGUGUAGCCUUUGGAUUUCUUUUCCUUGUAUUCUGUUAUGAAAUCUUACAAGUU